GGUGUGUGCUUGUAGUCCCAGCUGCUAAGGAGGCUGAGAUGGGAGGAAGGCUUGAGCCCAGGAGAUCAAGGCUGUAUUGAGCCAUGAUUGUACCACUGCACUCCAGCAGUGACAAAGCAAGGCCCCAUCUCAAAUAAAUAAAAAGAACAACUACUCUCCACACCUGGUGUGAAAUUUUCUGUGAUUAUUCAGCCCUUGAAGCAACUUUAAGGUACAGUGACUGCCAUAUUAUAAACUGUCUCCCAAGAAGGGCGUGCUCUCCAGUGUACAUUCAGAGUAGUGACUCUGAGUUUUCUAGCAGGUAUGAAUGGUGGUACUGUCAACUGAAUAUGGAAGUAGAUCUACUAUUGCUGAUUAGUUGGCAGUAUACACCAUGUAUCAAUGUUAACAUGUCCGAAGCUUGAGGAUUCUAUGGAACAUAUAGGCAGACAUAUCUAGUAUAUAGUUAGAAAUUUAGGUAUGAAAAUCUAUAAUGUGGGAGCUCAAAGUAAGAAUGUUGGGACUCUUCAGUACGUAAAUCCAUAUUUGAAACUAUAGAAGUGGAAAAACUCUUUAGGAAUAUUAUUUAGAUUGAAACAGGAAAGAGAAGGAUAAAGCCAUUGAGGAAUACUAGCAUUUAAGAAAGAAAGAACUAGUGAGCAAGUAAUGAUAAUUACAAGGCAAUAUGAGACACCAAACAUGAUGUCAAAGAAGCCAAGAGGGGAAACAUAUCCAAAAAAUAAAUGAACUGGGCAGAGGGGCUCACGCCUGUAAUGCCAACUACUUGGGAGGCUAAGGCAGGAGGAUAGUCUGAGCCCCAGGAGUUGGAGGCUGCAGUGAGCAGUAAUUGAGCCACUGUACUCCAGCCUGGGCAACAGAGUGAGACCCCUAUCUCUAAAAAAGGAAACAAAAAGUAGAUGAUUUCACAGUUAAACAAUGAGAGCUUUUUCAAUAAAAUCAAGAGACGAGGAUAUCAGUACUAUGGUUUUUAGUCACUAUUGUGUUUGCUAACUUCUGUUCUUCUUACAGGUUUCAGUCUACAUGUUACUUCCUUGAGAAGCAGUGUUUGACACCCUUCUCCCCCCAUCCAGCCAUCCCCCAAGUCUGAUUAGAAACGGGAAAUGUUUCUAAAGUUUAUUUGGAUGGAAGUUUAGCAUUUCUGCCACUGCCUUCUACAAAGCACAACCUGUAAUUCAGUUCAUGUGUGAAGUUCUUGAUAUUCAUAAUAUUGAUGAGCAACCAAGACCUCUGACUGAUUCUCAUCGGGUAAAAUUCACCAAAGAGAUAAAAGGUUUGAAGGUUGAAGUGACUCAUUGUGGAACAAUGAGACGGAAAUACCGUGUUUGUAAUGUAACAAGGAGGCCUGCCAGUCAUCAAACCUUUCCUUUACAGUUAGAAAAUGGCCAAACUGUGGAGAGAACAGUAGCGCAGUAUUUCAGAGAAAAGUAUACUCUUCAGCUGAAGUACCCGCACCUUCCCUGCCUGCAAGUCGGGCAGGAGCAGAAACACACCUACCUGCCGCUAGAAGUCUGUAAUAUUGUGGCAGGGCAACGAUGUAUCAAGAAGCUAACAGACAAUCAGACUUCCACUAUGAUCAAGGCAACAGCAAGAUCUGCACCAGAUAGACAAGAGGAAAUUAGCAGAUUGGUAAGAAGUGCAAAUUAUGAAACGGAUCCAUUUGUUCAGGAGUUUCAAUUUAAAGUUCGGGAUGAAAUGGCUCAUGUAACUGGACGCGUACUUCCAGCACCUAUGCUCCAGUAUGGAGGACGGAAUCGGACAGUAGCAACACCAAGCCACGGAGUAUGGGAUAUGCGAGGGAAGCAAUUCCACACAGGAGUUGAAAUCAAAAUGUGGGCUAUCGCUUGUUUUGCCACACAGAGGCAGUGCAGAGAAGAAAUAUUGAAGGGUUUCACAGACCAGCUGCGUAAGAUUUCUAAGGAUGCAGGGAUGCCCAUCCAGGGCCAGCCAUGCUUCUGCAAAUAUGCACAGGGGGCAGACAGCGUAGAGCCCAUGUUCCGGCAUCUCAAGAACACAUAUUCUGGCCUACAGCUUAUUAUCGUCAUCCUGCCAGGGAAGACACCAGUGUAUGCGGAAGUGAAACGUGUAGGAGACACACUUUUGGGUAUGGCCACACAAUGUGUUCAAGUCAAGAAUGUAAUAAAAACAUCUCCUCAAACUCUCUCAAACUUGUGCCUAAAGAUAAAUGUUAAACUCGGAGGAAUCAAUAAUAUUCUUGUACCUCAUCAAAGACCUUCUGUGUUCCAGCAACCAGUGAUCUUUUUGGGAGCCGACGUCACUCAUCCACCUGCUGGUGAUGGAAAGAAGCCUUCUAUUGCUGCUGUUGUAGGUAGUAUGGAUGCCCACCCAAGCAGAUACUGUGCCACAGUAAGAGUUCAGAGACCCCGACAGGAGAUCAUCCAGGACUUGGCCUCCAUGGUCCGGGAACUUCUUAUUCAAUUUUAUAAGUCAACUCGGUUCAAGCCUACUCGUAUCAUCUUUUAUCGGGAUGGUGUUUCAGAAGGGCAGUUUAGGCAGGUAUUAUAUUAUGAACUACUAGCAAUUCGAGAAGCCUGCAUCAGUUUGGAGAAAGACUAUCAACCUGGAAUAACCUACAUUGUAGUUCAGAAGAGACACCACACUCGAUUAUUUUGUGCUGAUAGGACAGAAAGGGUUGGAAGAAGUGGCAAUAUCCCAGCUGGAACAACAGUUGAUACAGACAUUACACACCCAUAUGAGUUUGAUUUUUACCUCUGUAGCCAUGCUGGAAUACAGGGUACCAGUCGUCCUUCACACUAUCAUGUUUUAUGGGAUGAUAACUGCUUCACUGCAGAUGAACUUCAGCUGCUAACUUACCAGCUCUGCCAUACUUAUGUACGCUGUACACGAUCUGUUUCUAUACCUGCACCAGCGUAUUACGCUCACCUGGUAGCAUUUAGAGCCAGAUAUCAUCUUGUGGACAAAGAACAUGACAGUGCUGAAGGAAGUCACGUUUCAGGACAGAGCAAUGGGCGAGAUCCACAAGCUCUUGCCAAGGCUGUACAGAUUCACCAAGAUACCUUACGCACAAUGUACUUUGCUUAAAUAGUCCAAGUAUAUUCUCUGAGAGGAAGCACUGAAAGAUGAAUUGACAUACAACGUAUGUUUCCAGUGGAGUCAAUUGAGUAAGGACACCUCCAGCCAUACAGAAACCAACACUGUGUGGGGGCCAAGGUCUGAUCCUUAUGUUAAUACAAGGAAGAUUGUUUACUUCAUCAAGGAACACAGCAUCAUUAUGCAAUAUGAAACCAGCCAACUGCUUUUUGUGCGGUCUCCUGUAGGAAGUAUCGCAAUUGUUUUGUUUUCAUUUCUUGUAGUCUAACCCUUUUAAUGCCUUUACCUCAAGUUGCUUGGCAGCACAACUAUCUUUGCAAAAAAAGUAUCGAAAAAGUAAAUGAUGGUUUAAAAAAUAUACACCUUCAUGAAUAAUCAAAGUGAUUUUUCAAAAUUAUGUGCAAAAAAUUAAUGUGCAUUCAUAUAUUCUUGUAAAAGGUGUCUGUGUGUUUUUAAAAUAUAUACACCCAUACUUCAUAUGCAUAUAUAUCUGGAUCUGGAUUGAUAAUAGAUAUAUAUGUGUCUGUGUAUAUAUUUUAGAAUUCAUUCCAUUUGGGGAACUUCCUUUCCCUUUUAUUCUACUAGCACUACCGCUUUUAUUUCUCUUUUUCCCUUGCCUUCAUCACCUACAUUUUUUCCCUAAUCCUACCAGUGACAUUCAAACAUUCACCUACCUGGUUCCUUUGAAUGUAAAAUAUGGCAAACUA